AUGGGAAGGGCUGUUGUUACAAUGUACAACUUCCAGCAAUAUCGACACAUUCAAGCACCGGGCUGGUCAUUAGGAUGGACGUGGGCAGAGAAGGAGCUGAUUUGGAACAUGAUUGGAAGUCAAACCACAGAGCAAGGUGAUUGUUCAAGAUUCAAAGGGAACAUUCCACAUUGCUGUAAGAAGGACCCAACGGUCGUGGACUUGCUGCCAGGAACUCCUUACAACCAGCAGGAUCCAGCAAAUGCUGCAAGCUCAUUCCAGCUCAGUGUUGGUGCAGCCGGAACCACCAACAAAACUGUAAGAGUGCCUAGGAACUUCACCUUGAAAACCCCAGGACCUGGCUAUACUUGUGGACCCACAAAAGUCACAAUAACAAACUUCAAUUACAGGAUGAACUACACACAGUGGAACUUAGUCGUCCAACAUCCCAACUUUGACAAUCUGUCGCAGUUUUUCGGCAUUAACUACAAACCAUUGACUCCUUAUGCAUCUAUUAAUGAUACUGCCAUGCUAUGGGGCAUCAAGUUCUAUAAUGAUGUGCUCAUGCAAGCUGGUACUUUGGGUUUGGGGAAUGUUCAGUUGGAGCUACUUUUCAGAAAGGAUAAAUCGACUUUCACUUUUGAGAAGGGUUGGGCUUUUCCUCGAAGGAUCUAUUUCAAUGGUGAUAAUUGUGGCAUGCCACCUCCUGAUGCCUAUCCAUAUUUGCCAAAGACCAGUUCUCGGUGA